AUGGGUUUUUUCUUUGGUUUGUUCAUAGGAAUCGUAGUGUCUGUUGGUUUGGUCGUUGCAUUUGCACGUUAUUCUAAUGUCAGAUCCACACGUCGAGCUGAAUUGGCGAGGACCAUUGCUGCAUUUGCAAGAAUGAGUGUUCAAGAUUCAAGAAAACUUCUACCUGGAGAAUUUUAUCCUUCUUGGGUUUUAAAUUGGCUUAACCUUGAACUUGAAAAGAUCUGGCCUUAUGUAGAUGAGGCAGCUUCUGAGCUGAUUCGAAGUAGUGUAGAACCAAUUCUUGAACAGUACACACCAGCUAUGUUAGCUUCACUCAAAUUCUCCAAGUUUACACUUGGAACGGUGGCUCCUCAGUUCACAGGAGUAUCUAUCUUAGAAAGUGAAAGUGGACCUAAUGGAAUUACGAUGGAACUUGAAAUGCAAUGGGACGGUAAUCCAAAAAUCGUGUUGGAUAUCAAAACCUUACUUGGUGUGGCUUUACCAAUCGAGGUCAAAAAUAUAGGAUUCACAGGUGUUUUCAGGUUGAUUUUCAAACCCCUUGUUGAUGAAUUCCCUUGUUUUGGCGCACUUUGUUAUUCCCUGCGCGAGAAGAAAGGGCUUGAUUUUACACUUAAGGUUAUUGGUGGUGAUCUAACAUCGAUUCCAGGGAUCUCCGAUGCAAUCGAAGAAACUAUUCGCGACGCGAUUGAAGACAGUAUUACGUGGCCCGUUAGGAAAAUUAUACCUAUAUUGCCAGGAGAUUACAGUGACCUAGAGUUGAAACCUGUUGGAAAACUGGAUGUGAAGCUUGUGCAAGCAAAAGACUUAGCUAACAAAGACAUGAUUGGAAAAUCCGAUCCUUACGCGGUUGUCUUCAUUCGCCCAUUGCGUGACAAAACCAAAAAGACCAAAACUAUUAGUAACUCGUUGAAUCCGAUUUGGAAUGAACAUUUUGAGUUCAUUGUGGAAGAUGUCUCAACUCAGCAUUUGACAGUAAGAGUCUUUGAUGACGAAGGAGUAGGGUCUUCUCAGCUUAUUGGGGCUGCUCAAGUGUCGUUGCAUGAACUCGAGCCCGGGAAAGUUAAAGAUAUUUGGUUGAAAUUAGUAAAAGAUUUAGAGGUUCAAAGGGAUACAAAAAACCGGGGCCAUGUGCAGUUGGAGCUCCUGUAUUGCCCCUUAGGCAAAGAAAGCGGAUUCAAGAACCCGUUUAACCCGAACUUCUCAUUGACCGUUUUGGAGAAGGUACUUAAGCCGGAAAGCGAGGAUUCAGAUGAUGUUACGGAUGUUAAAAAAACGCAUAGCUCAAAGAAAAAAGAUGUGAUUGUGAGAGGAGUGUUGUCUGUGACAGUGUUGGCUGCCGAAGACUUACCAGCUGUAGAUUUAAUGGGAAAAGCAGAUCCAUUUGUGGUAAUCACAUUGAAGAAAUCGGAAGCGAAAUCAAAGACAAGGGUUGUACCGGAUAGCUUGAAUCCGGUUUGGAACCAGACAUUUGAUUUUGUUGUGGAAGAUGCUUUGCAUGAUCUCUUGAUUCUUGAAGUAUGGGACCAUGACAAAUUUGGCAAGGAUAAAAUUGGGAGAGUGAUAAUGACAUUGACACGAGUGAUGAUAGAAGGAGAGUUUCAAGAUUGUUAUGCGUUAGAUGGAGCUAAAUCAGGGAAGCUUUGUAUUAAUCUCAAAUGGACUCCAAGGCUUAAGCUAAGAGACGCCUCUUGA